GGUCGUCUUUAGAAAAACAGAGUAAAGGACUCAGAGAAACAAGAGUAGUUUGAGUAGUACUGGAGAGCCAGGUGAUGUUGUCUGAGCGCUAUGAGACUACCUCGGGGGAAGAGAGUGGAGAGGUUGUAGAGGAGGAGAGAAGCGCACUCAUUGUAGAGGAGACGGCCACAGAUGGUGAGGUGUACAAUGCCAAAGCGUGCCUGUCAGCCCGGUCAUGCAAGCUGUGCCUUGCCAUGUCCAUCAUUGCAAUGGCCUUGGUGCUGGCUACUCUCAUAGUAGUACUAGUGGCUGGUAUCAGUGGUCGUGUGGAGAGGUCCUGUAAUGGUAUCACCCUCGACGAUGUGUUCAACAGUGACUUCAGGUACUCCACCUACUCUGGGAAAUGGACAAGCACAGGUCAGUUGGUCCACUUGUCCCACAAUCACGGGUUGCUACUAUUCGACCCCACCACCAACCACACCUCAACUGUCAUCACCCUAGACGAACUGAACAAUAUUGCUGCCACCCACGGCAAGGUGACGGACUUUAAGCUCUGCCCAAAGUUUACCUCUACCAACCAGGAGCUCCUAUUGACAGCCAACCGGGAGAAGGUCUACAGACACUCCUCACUGGCCGACUACAUCCUCUACAGUAACGGGGAGGUGUUCAAUGUGACGAGGCCCUCGGGGCUGGAGGGUAGUAAGAUCCAGUACGCUGACUGGAGCCCCACUGGACUGCUUAUUGCAAUGGUGAUAGACUACAAUAUAUACCUCUUUGACACAUCAUCUCCUUCUUCCGAGCCUGUUACCGUGACAACUGAUGGCUCCGAGACGGGGCUGUACAAUGGCAUACCUGACUGGGUCUAUGAAGAGGAGGUUCUAUCAACGGACUCUGCCCUCUGGUGGUCACAUGAUGGGACUGGACUCUUGUACGCCUCGUUCAAUGACACACCCGUCAGAGAGUACUCCUUCCCUCAGUACGGGUUGCCUAGCAACCAGUACACCCACAUUGAGUCCAUACCCUACCCCAAACCUGGCACUCCCAACCCCACUGUGACUAUGUACAUGGUCAACAUCAGCACUAUCAACGAUGGACCACCCAGUCUCAUCACCAUACCCAUGCCCUCACUGGACUACUACAUGAUCUACGCUGGUUGGGUGGAGGGUGGAGAUUUCUUUGUGUGCUGGCUUAAUCGGGAUCAGAACACCUCCUACUGUUGUACGUACGUAGAUAGUGUCUGCACCACCGUCUUCACUGAGACCCAUAGCAACGGAUGGGUGGAGCUGGUCCAGGCUCCCAUUGGUAAACUGGACAGUCAGGGUCAGACCCAAUUCAUCACCGUCUACCCGCAGACUGUGGGGGAUGAUAGCUACCCCCACCUGGCACAGGCUGGACCCACGGGGGAGAUGACGUUCCUCACUCCUGCCGCACCCUGGGAGGUCACGCAGAUAGUGGGCGUGGCAGGGGACCACAUUCUGUAUGUGACUACUGAGAAGGGCCCGGGCACUCGCCACGUACACGGCUACAGUCUGACAACCAAGAGCUCCAUGUGUCUCACCUGCUCACAAGAAGACUGGGGCAUAUUAGACAGUCCCAAUCCAUCAUUACCCCAGUCAUGUGACUACUUCAGUGUCAGCUGUGACGACACACUCGCUCACUGUCUCCUCACAUGCCUCGGACCCUGUAUUCCCUUCUCACUCUUUGUUACCUUCAAUUCGUCGACUCAUGCAUUCCAGCCAAUCAGAUUCAUGGAGAGGAACGUACAUGUUCACGACUCAGUCCGAGAUCUCUGUCUGCCCAAAAUGGAGACCUUUCAAGUGCCGUCUGAGGAGGCGGGUGAGUGGGCACUAAAUGGGAAAAUGCUCCUCCCCCCUCAGUUUAACGCCGACAAGAAAUACUCUGUCCUCGUGUAUGUGUACGGAGGACCAAACAGCCAGACUGUAGACUCUCGUACAAUGCUGAGCAGUCUAAGUCGUCUCUAUUACGUAACACAGCUCAAUGUUAUUCUGGUCAGUGUGGAUGGGCGGGGGACUGGGCACAGAGGGAGCAACUUCAAGUUCUCGGUGUACCGUGACUUGGGUAACUACGAGACGGUGGACCAGCUGAGGGGAGGGCGGUACCUCAGGGGACUCCCCUAUGUUGACGGGAACCACCUCGCCAUCAUGGGAGCGUCGUACGGAGGGUACAUGGCUGCUAGAGUAGGUAGCAGUGGAGAGGGUGUGUUCAGUACGGCCAUCUCUCAGGCACCCGUCACUGACUGGAGAUAUUAUGAUUCUAUCUACACUGAGAGAUACAUGAACCAACCUCAAAACAACCCAGUGGGAUAUGCCAACUCAUCUGUACUGUCCAGAGCAGCUAAACUAAGUGAUGUCCACUUCCUGUUGAUACAUGGAACCGGAGAUGACAAUGUUCACUUUCAGCACACUGCUCAACUGGUGGAGGCCCUCACUCAGGCUGAUGUACAGUUCAGAUUACAGAUCUACACUGACAAGACCCACAGCAUCUCCGGGGGCAACACACAGAGGCACCUGUACGAACUCAUCUCAGACUUCCUGAGAGUCUCGUUGUAUGACUGACAAUCUCAUGUUUUAGCACUGUAAUGCUUCAAGUUUAUAGUUUAUAAUUCUAUUAUAUUGUACGUACGUUGUUUUCACAGUGUGUUUUAAAUUUCAUGUAUUGUAAAAUCGACAUAAUUAUAAGUUUA